GGGGGGUGCAGUGAGUGAGUGUAGAUCUGGAGUGAGUGUAGAUCUCGUUCUAUCGUCACGAUGGCAUCGUCGAGCUCUUCCGGCCAAAUGACUCAUCCACAGGUGAGAGCAGAACAGCACACGACCGAACAGCACACGACCACACAGCACAACGCCCACGGCUGAUGUGUCCCGCAGGCGGCUGUCGGUGCAUCGCCGUGUCGGUAUCGUGUGGGCAGCCGCGUGCUGAUGGUGUCGGAGCGGAGAAGGGACGACAAGUUCCAGUGGGUGGAGGCCGAGGUGUACAAAAUCGAGCCGGCCGAGGGCGGGACGCGGGUGUGCAUCCGGGAGGUGGGUGGGAUGAAUGAGGAGUUUGAGCCGGUCGUGGUGCCCCACACCACAGCAGCAUUCCAACAACUCCCUGACCUAUACGCGGUAGGCACGCACACACAGGACAGGCAGGGAGAGAGAGGCGGUAGAAUGGGAGCCGUGUGGCAUCAAGGCGUGCACACAUCCUGGUAUGUGUGUGACUGUGCGUGUCAUCAGGGAGGCCAUGGAUUCCAUUACUUCGACCAUACUCCCCCGCAGCAUCUCAUCCCUCUGCAAACCGUGGAUGAGGUAGGUCUAUCAUGCGGAGAAGCGGAAGUGACAUCUGGCGGGUAAUGUGCCGUUUUUCCCUGGGUGUUCAGGCUGAUGCGGAGCGUUUCUGUGUGGACCCGAGCAUCAAGCCGCGCGAUGCCGAGGACCCGCUGUCCCUCCUGUUCCUGCCGCCCUCCUUCAUGCCCCCCCUCCCCACCGACAUCAUCACCACCACACUCCUCCCCCUGUGUGGCGGGCGGGAGACCCUCGCACUCAAGCUCAAGAGCACCCUCUGCUGCACAUCCACUGAGGUCGGCAACGCUAUCGGCUCCGCUGCGGUGUCGGCCAUCGACAGCAUCAUCGAGACGAACGGCCUCACCUGCGUCAUCGGCUACACCCCGCUGCGCCGGUCGACCGGUGUCCGUCGGCCAUUCCGACUGAUCCGGCUGGACUACCUGAUGGUGACGGGGGGCGACUGGACGGGCAGCGUGCCGGUGCUGCGAUUCGCCAAGAGCUGUGGACGAGUGCAGUCGCUGCCGAUCGACCUGACCAAUGACGACCUGCAGGAGGUAGGCAGCAAGGCCAUCAUCGACAGCCGCCCAGAGGCCAUCCGCCAGUACGCCCUCUUCAGCCACCGGCUGGGUGACAGGAUGCGGCUGAGGCGGGAGAUGAUGGGCGAGUAUGUGGUGACGGUGCACACACGGCAGACGGUGCCGGCUGAGUACCGAGAUCGCUUUGAUGCGGCCGAUCCCCCGUGCCGAUGUGAGAGAGGGGAGGGCAAAGCACCACAGGAAAGGCAACUUGACAUGGAUGGUCUCUGCCGCUGUGUGUGUGUGUGCCUGCAGACAAUGGUGACGACUUCGGCAGCUUCACAGGACUGGUCAUCCUUUGGUACGUAGCGACUGAAAUGAGAGAACACGACACACCGAUGUGUCGUGUUGUCUGCCUUUUCGCUGCUUGCUCUUUCAGGUUGGCCGUGCUGUCGUCGCGUGAGGUGUCGUAUCGGUCCUACAGUCGGUACUCUGCUGGGUAUCGUCGCAUCGGUGGCCUGAUCGACCAGCAGUCGCCCCUGUGGGGCGGCUGCCGCACCGUCUACGGCUUCUCAGGCCGACUCGUCAUACUGUGUGGCGACAGGGAGGGCGACGACUUUGCGGCCUGCAUCAGGAUGUUCAAGUAUUCUGGUGGGUCGGCACGCAUCAUCAUGACCGAGUGGCAUGAUGUGUGGGCAUCCAUCUCCCUCCACACCACCGAGGCGCCCCAGGGGUGCGGCAGUGGCCCUGCUGCCUUCCAGCGGGCAGUGGCCAUCGCCCGCAACAAGCUGGGCGACGCCAUCACACUACUUCCAAAGGUCAACGAGGCCAUCACAACAGGUAUACACAUACGAGAACUCCAGAUGAGCCCAAGACAAGAGUGAGACUGUCCCUUGUUUCAUGACGGCAGCUGGCGGGUUGACUGAGAUGGAGUCGGACAGCGGCACGCACGACAUCGGAAGCGGCUGACGUGCAGUGGGGCGGCAACGGCCACUGCACGUGGAGGAGUGAGUGUUGGGGGCCGUGGCGGGCGUGUGCAGC